AUGCUGCUUAGAGGAUUACGAGCCUGUGCCGAACGUGCCUCGAAGUCGCACACGACAGACUUGGAUCGAAUUUCGAAGAUCACGAAGGAAUUGUUGGAAAGAAGAAGGGCUUUGAGGCUUGAUCCGAAUGCAUUGCACAGUGAGCGGUUAGUAGCAAACAUUAGCUGCAGAAAAGCGUUGCAGGAGGAUCUUUUGAAAUACAGGCAGAAGAAGAUUCUGGAACAAGCACAAAGAAGAACGAGUCUAAAGGAGUGCCGCAGGAAUCUGCGCGAAUAUAAUAUUCCGCUAACAGCCUUGCUGAGCGAAGACGGGACUCGCACGUCUUCUCGUCGUGAGAUGGAAAUCAUUACGGAGGGGUUCUACUCGAACCUUUUCCGUUCAUCAACUCCCGUGUCAAGCCCAAUCAUCCCCACUGGCGACGGAUUCUCCCUUCGGAAGUACGAGUCGCUAUCAAGAGCAUAA